AUGGAGCGAUCGCCGUACUUCCAUGCAGGCUUGGCCGACCCCACCCGGUACGAGACCCGCGCGAUUUCGGACCCGGUAAAGAAGUCGCAUUCCCACAAGCACAAGUCGUCGCGACACCACCACGACGGCCGCGAUAGCCACCACCGCCAUGGCUCCAGUCGACGUCAUGCAGCCAAGGAAGCCGUGCAAUCGGCUAUCCAGAUACAGCCACCCGCCAGUUUCGGAGAUCUACUGAGGCAGGCCCGCGGGAGCAGAGACACCAGCCCCAGUCACAGUCGCGGGCACAGCGUAGCCCCAAGACAAACGGAUGGAAGUGCGAGUGGAAAGGAGGAAAACGCCCUAGGCAUCACCAUCCCGCCACGGAGACCACUCCGACAGGCCGAUGUGGAGCUGGAAGCAAGAAGGGUCAGAAUCAGGCAACGGGAUAUCCGUACCGCCCUACAGUCUCUUUCCGACCAGUCUCUCAAGACUUCGCGCCGCCUAGAUGACACAUACUACUCGAUCCUUGAGAGGAUAUCUGUGUUGCGACAGACCAUUGGUACACUACAUGAGCUGUCAAGCCUCACCCGCGAGCUGCACGAGAACUUUGAGGCGGACACUGCAGAGCUCGUAGACGACGUGAGUGGCCAGGUUGAAGCAUUCGAUAACUUCAAGACACAGCAACAGCAAGUCAGCAGCCUGGAGGAGCGCAUCAAAGCGGGAAAGGAAAAGGCAGAUGCUCUGACAGCAAGACUGGAGCAAGCCAAAGAGCAUGUCGAUGCAAGGGCCAAGUCUGAAGCAGAGUGGCAGGCAAGAAAUACGCAUUGCAUGCGCAUAUUCUGGAUUGCAGUAGGCUUCGUAAUCACCCUCUUCUUCGUCUUUGUUCUUUUCCAUCCCCACGAACCAGCCCAUGAUGGUGCUGAACAAUUCAAACCCAAAUUGGACCCUGCCAUUCUGAAUGCCGACGUACCUGACAUGGCAAAGGAAGCCAUCACAAGGGCAGCAACAUCCAGAGUCAGCCCUGUAGUCGACACGGCCAAGACCAGGCAUGUUCUGAAGGAGGAUGAGCAGCUGCGGUCAUUUGAUGAGUUAUAAUACAGUUUGGUUUCAU